AUGAAGCCUGGGGCUGCCCUAGACUGCGUCGCUGCUGCUGCUGCAGCAGGGCAGCAGCAGCAGCUGCAGUACGUGCAACGAGCUGCUGCUCUGCUGCACCAGCAGGACUGUUUGCUGCUGCUCAGCAGAGGCCUCGACGCCGACGGGGUGCUGCUGCAGCUCCUGUCGCUGCUGCAGCAGAGAGACAAAAGCAAAAGUGGCAGCAGCAACAACGGCAGCAGCAGCAGCAGCGGCAGCUCCGAGCACCAGCAGGAGCAGCAGGAGCAGCAGCAAAACGGCGGCGGGGGCAUCUUCAGCUCUGUAUUCUCUGACGAACAAGAGGAAUGUGAGCAGCAGCAGCAGCAACAGCAGCAGCAGCAGCAGCAGCAGCAGCAGCAGCUGAGGCGGCCCUUAUAUAGCGCAGCCUGGCCGCGGCUGGUGCUGGUGCUGGGGCUUGCUGCUGCAGAGCAUGCAGCAGUGCAUGCGCUGCAGCAGCGGCAGCACCGUGAGCAGCGCCGUUUGCUGCAGGCUGCAGCAGCUGCUGCUGAGGUGCGUGCCCGCAGCAGCAGCACUGCAGCAGCAGCAGAAGCCGCAGCAGAAGAGCAUGCAGCGGCGCUGGCAGCCCUGGUUGAGCUGGAGAGGCAGCAGCGCGCAGAGGAGCUGCGCCUCGCCUGCAGCAGCAGCAGCAGCAGCAACGCAGCAGCAGCAGCAGUCACCACGUGGCAGCAGCGGCAGCAAAUGUACAUCGGCGGCGGCUGCUUCUGCUGCCCUGCUGCUGUUGCUGCUUCCGACCUUCUCACUGGCCGUUUGCCUCCAGAGGUUGUUGACUGCAUUGUCUUUGUACGUGCCGAACGCAUCAGCGGAGGGUUUCAUGAGGCCUUCGUCUGUCGGGUGUACAGACAGCGCAACAGAGUGGGAGGCCUGAAGGCGAUAAGUGAUAGGCCGCACCAUUUUGCUGCCAGCAGCAGCAGCAGCAGCUGCAGCAGCAGCAGCUGCAACCUCACGCAGACUCUCAAGCUGCUGCAGUUAAAAAAGGUCCAGCGCAUGAGCCGCAUGCAUAAGGAUGUAACAGAAAGCUUAGAGGGAGCCUCGCAGCCGCAGACUAGCGAAAUUUGCCUGCCGCCGUCUUCGCUGCAGCUAGAAAUUCAGCAAGCUUUGCUGCUGCUGCUGCAGCGGGGGCUGCAGCAGCUAAAGAAGUGCCGCCCCGGGCUGCUGCAGGACUGGGAGGUUUCUUGUCUUUUCAGGGGUCCGGCGCCUCCCCCACUGCCUGCUGAAGACCAGCAGCAGCAGCAGCAGCAGCAGCAGCAGCAGCUGCAGCAUAGGGUCCCGGUGGGGGGCUCUCUGAGAAGAGCCCUCAACUCCGUGUGGCACCAGCUAGACCCAAAGACAAAGGCGCUUGUGGCAGACUUGGGUGAGCUGCGGCGGCUGGUGUUUCUGCUGUGGCGGCUGAAUUGCGUUUCUUUUCUUUCUUAUUUGGAGUCUCUCCUCAGCAGCAAAACUAUUGACGAGGCCUGGGGCCACACCACGGAGCUGCAGGUCAUUUUAAGGAGAGCUAGGCAGAGGGUUUACACGACAAAGCGGGUCCCUGUAAGAGGUUCUGCUGCUGGUGGAGCAGCAACAGCAGGAGCUCCUGCUGCUGCUGCUGCCAGCUUCUCAGCAGGUUUCCCAUAUGGGGAAAACGGCAGCGCAGCGAAACAGCAGCGGACAGAUACUGCAGCAACGCCGGGACUCGGAGCAGCAGCAGCAGCAGCAGGACGGCAGCAGUAUGAAAGGAAAGCUGUACUCCACUUAGAGCCUCCUGCUGCUCUCGAGUGGCUGCAGCAAUUCGUGUGGAAUUGCCAAGUUGAUGACGACAUAUACCAGGCGCUGCUGCGAGAGCAGCGGCGCGCAGCCCCUGCUGCUUCUGCUGCUGCUGCUGCUGCUGCUUCUGUGGCUGAUGGGAACCAGCAGCAGCAGCAGCAAGGAAGUGACCGGACUGACGGGGGCAGCUCAGAAGCCGAGAUGCCGGGCUCUAUCUACAUCCGCAGCAGCGAGAGCAGCAGCAGCAGCAAGAGCAGCAACACCGACAGCGCAAGCAGCUCUGACAGCAGCGACAGCAGCAGCAGCAGCAGCAGCACAUUGCGAAACGCCACAUGCGCCGAAGAGCAGCAACCUGAUGAGGGAGCGCCAUCGGCGGCGGCUGCCGACGGGCCAGCAGCAGCAGCAGCAGCAGCAGCAGGUAAAGCAACUAACUCAGCUUAG